AUGUCGAGACCAACACCAUCAUAUACGACUUGUACAAGGAGCGUCGUUGCAACUACACUCGUCAUCCUCUUGAUGACUCUUGCCAUCCUCUGGACUCCUGUCAAAUGCCAAGACGAUGAACCCAUUACUCUCAUCAAUACCGAUCCCAUGGCAUCAUCCUCUUCUCUAGGAAACAUUCCCGUAUUAAAUUCCCAAAGUGAUCAACAAGCCAUCGAAAUUAGUAAAUCUGCCACUCAAUUCGCCUCUCAACUAAUGAAUCAAUUAGUAACCGAUUCCAUUAAUGAUCAUUUUAGAAACAUGAUGUUCUCUCCAAUCUCUCUUUCACAGACCCUUUCCAUUCUCUUACAAGCAGCUUCGGAAGAAUCCAAUGAAUUGGGUUUACAAAAAAAGCAAGAAUUGAAUACCUUGUUAAAUAAGAUUGGUAUUGGAAAUUUGAACAAAAUUUUACAAGGAAUUGAAUCAUCCUACAGUCCAAUGGCUACUACUGAUACCUCUUCUGAAUUCAGCACAACAAAAUUAGUAUUGACUCAUGCACUUUUUGCAUCUGAGGAAUUUAUUGAAAAGACUCCUUUUAAAUCUCUCUCUAGUGUUUCUUCAUUCCAUGUGAAACGUGUGAAUUUCUCAAAUGUUGAAGCAGCUAGAACAUUUAUUAAUACAUUCAUUUCAGAGAAGAAUUCAGAAACCACUUCACCUCUGAUUGGUACUGGAUUUUUGCGAAAUUCCACACAAGCUAUUUUCGCAGAUACUGCUUUUUAUUUUGGUCCAUGGGAAAAACCUUUCGAUUUGAAUCAGACCACGAUUGAUUUUUUCAGAACCAUCUCUCCAAAUGAUGAAGAUGUGGUUGAGAAUGUAGAAGUAGACAUGAUGAAUAUGAUGGAUACUGUUGAAGAAUAUGGAGAAUUUAGAAAUUUCCAUUGGAUUUCAAAAAAGUAUCGUUCACAAGAUUUUGCCAUGAUUUUUGCAGUCACCAAAGAUCGAGUGAGUUUACAUGGAGAUGCUGAGGAAAGAUUCAAUCGAUUCAUUACUCGUAAAUUGAAUUCUGGAUGUCUUUCAUGUGCAUUCCCAACUUCGCCUCAAUCAUUGAAGAGAGUUUCAAUUCCAAAAUUUAGAAUUGAAAGUAAGGUGAAACUUUCUUCGUUUUUGAAGGAAAAACCAUUCUCACUUCCUUCAUUGUUCCCAAAGAAGGUAAAAGCUCCAAAGAAACCAAAGACUACCAAUUCUACUGAAGCUGCUACCACUCCAGCGACCACGACUGAUACGACCACAACGACACCUACUGAUGCUGCUACUACUACCACUGAAGCUGUGACUACUCCAACAGCUGCUGUGGAAUCUUCUCCUGAACCUGUCAAGCCAUCAGGUUGGGUGUUGGAUGAAAUUUUCCAUAAAUGUAUUAUGGAAAUUAGUGAAUUGGGAACCGUGGAAGGAGAAUUAACUCCUGAUACUGCCACUACGAAUGAAGUUAAGGAGAAUGAUGGCGAUAAGACAUUUGUUCUUGAUAGACCUUUUUCAAUGAUUUUGCAUCAUCUUCCAACCAAUACUCCAGUGUUUGUUGCCAAAGUGGCUGUGCUUUAA